CUAGGGUUUCAACCACUGUAAAGCGCCGCCGUGCUCCACCACCUCACCGGUGAAAUCCUCCGCAGCUAUACCACCACCACCGCCGACACGACAACUAUCACUGCCCUCAUUAUCAUUACACCGAUUGCAAUUCGACGACAAUAAAGGCUUCAAAGUUUUAAACUACAAUCCACGUACAAUCCAUUUCCUGUUUCAGACAAUCUCCUUUUGUUUUUUCUUGGAAAGAUGUCGGUGGCAUAUCAGCAAAUUUCUGCUUUUAAGAGCUAUAGUUCGUGGGAGAAGGACUCUGCUUUCCAAUUUGUACGCUCCAAUCCUGCAAAUACACACAAUAGGAGUGCAAGAUGGACGACGCCAUCUGCAGCUAUAAUUCCCAAUUUUCACCUACCAAUGCGCAGUUUUGAAGUUAAGAACAGGACUUCUGUAGACGAUAUCAAGUCACUCCGAUUAAUAACCGCCAUUAAAACACCCUACUUACCUGAUGGGAGGUUUGAUCUGGAGGCUUACGAUGCCUUGGUAAAUAUGCAAAUCGAAGAUGGAGCCGAGGGUGUGAUUGUUGGCGGGACAACUGGUGAAGGCCAAUUGAUGAGUUGGGAUGAACACAUCAUGCUUAUUGGCCACACCAUCAACUGCUUUGGCUCCACGAUUAAGGUCAUCGGAAACACCGGAAGCAACUCAACUCGAGAAGCAGUCCAUGCAACUGAACAAGGAUUUGCCGUCGGAAUGCACGCCGCCCUCCACAUCAACCCAUACUAUGGUAAAACCUCACUAGAGGGCAUGGUCGCACACUUCCAAUGCGUCCUCCCAAUGGGUCCCACAAUCAUCUAUAACGUACCAUCCCGAACCGGCCAAGACAUCCCACAGCCCGUUAUCCACUCCAUCGCCGCCAGCACCAACUUCGCCGGCGUGAAGGAGUGCGUGGGCCAUGACCGAGUAAAAACAUACACCGAAACUGGAAUCACCGUCUGGAGCGGGAACGACGACGAGUGCCACGAUUCACGGUGGGACCACGGAGCCACCGGAGUCAUAUCUGUCACUAGCAACUUGGUUCCUGGAUUAAUGCGAGAACUCCUUUCGAAAGGUAAGAAUCCUUCCCUUAAUAAAAAGCUUUUACCUUUGAUAAAAUGGCUUUUUUGCGAGCCAAACCCGAUCGGGGUUAACACCGCUUUAGCUCAAUUAGGGGUAAUAAGACCCAUCUUUCGGUUGCCAUACGUACCCCUCCCUUUGGCCAAAAGGAUGGAGUUCGUGAAUAUAGUGAACGAAAUUGGGCGGGAGAAAUUUGUAGGAGAGAAAGAUGUUCAAGUUCUUGAGGACGACGAUUUUUUGUUGAUCGGUCGUUAUUAGUUAAGCUAACGAUAAUAAUACCGAUCUUUUCGUUUCGUACUUUUACCUAAAUUUUUGACAAAUUUCCGAGUUUACAAU